CUAGGAACAAUUACAAUCUUUGUGCACACUAUGCGUUCGUUAGUCAAUUUGAACCUAAGAACGUAGAAGAUGCACUAAAAGAUAGUGAUUGGAUUAUAUCCAUGCAACUAGAGCUUGAGCAAUUUGAACGCAACAAGAAUGAGUGAAAUUGUUUCCAAUGUUCAAACCAAUGCUCAACCCGAUGUUCAAGAUGGGUUCAAGGCUUACGCCGACCCACAUAUCAUUGAGGGGAGAACCCUAAAACAAGAUGACAUCCCGAUUCUCAUUCUUGAACUCAUUCAAGAACAAGGUUGGAGUUUCCUUCUUCAACUUCAAGCCUCUGUUUACCCGGAACUUGUUCAUCAAUUUUAUUCUUCGAUGAAAUAUCAUCCCCAAGACCCUUCCAUUACCACCGUUGUUGCCGGCAAAACCUUCGGAUUCAACACCCAAAACCUUUCCGAAUGGUUUCACCUAGGGCAUCAAGGAGUCUCCACCUAUUGCAAAAAGGGGUGGAUUACCGACUCAAGAGAUUUUAACUCCGAUUCUUGCCUCCGAGUGCUAAAUAACAUUGCCCUUGACCAUGUCUUUGAGGACCCGCACUACUUUCUUCGUAGGCCAAAUGUUCAAGACUUACCCGCAAAUAGGUUCAACCUCCUCAAAAUCCUCAAAGAAAAUGUCAUCCCGGUCCUUAACAAAGAUAAACAAGUUGGGGUUUAUGAAUGCACUCUCCUAUAUUGGCUCCUCACUCACAAGAAAAUCAAUCUCCCUUCCAUCAUCCUUAAACACAUGCACGAAUGCUCCAAUCGCCUAAACAAACCCUAUGGCAUGCUUCUUACCCAUAUUUUCGCCAAGAGAGAAAUUCUUGAGGUGCGCCCUUCUCGCGUCCGCUUUCUUGACGCGGAGUGCCUUGGGUAUUGUGGCCUUUUAAAGAUUGGAGAGGAGUAUUACAUGAAGAAGGAGUUUCAAAAUCUUGAUGAGGCGACACGAGCGGAGUAUGGUCCUCAGCGUUCCAUGUCAUCUUUGCCUUCCACUUCACGCGCACCCCGGGCCGAAACCGAAGAAAAUGCAAACACGGAGGUCCCUGCUCGUGCUCCUCGGGUCAAACGCUCAAAGUCGGCAUCUCAUGUUUUCUCGGCCUCUCUCAUGCAUCGUCACUCUCACAUGGCUUCCACUUCCAAAAAUCCCUUUAAAAAGUUCAAGAAAUUCAUCCUCAAGACCGUGGUGGCUCCGAUGAGGAAACUUCAAGAAAGCCUCGAUGAUCUCUCGGAUCGGAUGAAGAAGACGGAGGACCGUGAGAAUCGCCAAAAGCACAACAAGGAUCGUGCUUCUAGACGCCGCUAAGUCUGUUAACCUCUUGCUCCUCCUUGGCGUGGGGGAGUCUUUAAACUGUAAGCAUAGCUGCUCAAACUUCCUCUGAUUUCUCCUUUUACUCGUUUCUUUCCUAGCAUGCCAGUCUGGUUCAUCUUCCGACCCUCUAUCUGUAACCCACUCUUCUUCUGAUUCUCCUAGAAAAGGCUUAAAAGAAAGCUUUGUCUGCUUC